GAAUAGGUUUCAUCAUUCUAAAGUGUCCUAGUACAUAUAGUUUAUAUAUAGUUUGUUUUUUUAAUACAUUUUGUUUUCGUAUUUUUGGUGUUUUUUAUUGACAAUGAAUCUAUUUUAUUGAUUUUUAUCGGACGAAAUAAAAUAAGUAAAUUCGAUUGUUCAACUCAUGACAGCUAAAAGAAAAAUAGAUAUAAAAUGAGUGCUGCUUUUGAGGUUUCAGUCACGCCACCGCGCAUCAAGAAUGCACGAAAAGUAUCGGUGGAACGUGAACCAACUGAUGUGGUGCUUGGUUUAUUUUCUGCAAAAUCGAUUGUCACAUUUGAAGAGAUUCCCAUCACGAAAACUGCACGCCGCACACUUCACAUACACAAUCCAACGGAUGAUGUGCUAAAGGUGUUGGUUACAAAAACGAUAAAUCCGAUCGCAAACGCUCAAUUAGAAUGGACAUCAAGCGAAAUUCCAGCUCGCACAUACAAGCCCAUGGAUAUCGUUUGGAAUCCAACAGUUGUGUGGGCAACGCGUGAAGUUAUCCAAUUAACUGACAAUCGAAAUUUUAAGAAAGACGUAGCAAUUGUUCUCAAAUCCAUUGACAAAACAAAGAAUUCAAAGGCAACAUUGAAGAAGUCGGCUUUAAUUAAAUCAUCAAUCGACAAAAUGGCAAUGAAAUCACCAUCACCACGACAGAAAAUACAACGAAAUCGAAUGUCAAUUCAAAAAACCGCCACAUAUACAUUGGCCAGCAGCAAAAAGGAUGUGCCAAAGACAGAUAAAAGCCAAACAAAACGGGUGCUUGGCGCAAGCAAUCAAUCGAAUGUUUUGUCCAAAGUGUCACAUUUUACCGUGCCACAAAUAAGAAUUGAAAAGGAAAAUUUGUCACCGCCCGGUAUGGCAGGGAUGAUUGAUUCGCUUAAUUUUACACCAGUCGGCAAAGGAAAUCCAAAUGUUGAGUAUUUGGCAUCGUUGCCCACGCCAAAUUCACACUUGGAAAAAAGUCAAACGACACAUUGCUAUCGAAAUUUAAAUGAAACUGAAACCAUAUUGAAGACACCACUCAAAGUAAAUGAUCAAACGACAAUUUUAUAUAGUUUUCAAACACCAAUUGACCGUUCAGAAGUAGACAAUUCACAGUAUUUUGAUAACAUUGCAAUGCAAGAGACGCCAGCAUUUAAUGAAGAGGCCAGUUUUCAAUUUCAUCACUCGGAUGCCGUUCCAACGCGAAAGUUAAAUCUGGACAUUUCACCAAAUAAUAAGGACAAUGAUAUAUCGCCAGUUAUAAAUCGAACACACACAAUAACAUCACCAGUUGGCAUUCGAAAACUGUCAAUGAUCCAGGAAGAACAAUCAAAAAUUGAAAUGUGCGAAACAUAUAUUGAAGAAAGCGAACAUCAGCUCACGUACAAUGUUCAUGAAAAUAAACCGACAACGGGUGGCGAAGAUCUUGUCCGUGAUGUACGUUUGAUUGCAACGCCGUUGAGUAAAAAAUAUCUGUCAAUGAAAGAAUUAAAUGACACAAACAGCAAUCUGAGUUUGGAGCAAAAAAUUCUGAAAUGUAACCAAGGUUCAAUGCCAAAUUUGCAUAAGCUAGAAUCGGUAAAAUCGAUCGAAAAUAAUCGGUAUUUUUGCCAAAGCAUUGAAAAGGAUUUACAAGACACCGAAAACCAACAAAAUGCAAAUAAUGACAACAUUGGCAACGAAGAGCAUAAUGAAAACAUCGGCGACAUAAGUACUUGUUCAGUUCAAAGUACGGUGAGCACAAUGUCGGUUGCGUUCAAUGAACAUGAAAUUCAGGCCGCCUCAAGUCGAUACAAUUUAAAUGAAAUUGGUCAACGGAAAAUGACAAAUUUGGGAUUUACAAUGGACAAACCACGGACAUUUGACAAGAAUCGCAUGGCAUCCAAGAAAUUUCUCUCAACAUCAUCACCGACUGUAAAUAAAAUUAAUAAAAUUGGCGAACGACCCGAUCAAUCGCAAUCAACACGAGAUAUCAGUUCAAUAUCGGCCAAAAGAAGUCGUCCGUCCGUCAUUACUUAUGCCAAUGGUCAGUCUUCUAUGAAGAAGCGAACACGUGAUGAAAAUUUGGAUUCGUCCAAAAAAUCAUUAAAUAAGAUGUCACCGCCAAAACGGCCAUGCAUUGAAGACAAUCCGAAAUUGACAAAGGGACAAGCAUUUCGUACCAAAACAUGGGGAGGUACAAUGCCGAAAAAAUUCCGUAUGCCAAGCGUGCCACCACAGCGUUUACUAUUGAAACGAAAAGAAGAGGAACGUGUCAUUCUCUACGAUCCAGAAUUACACAUGAAAAGCUUUAUUAAUCCAGAUCCAUUUGCUGCGACCACGACGCUCGAUCCAUUUUUAUCGGCGACCAUGUAUUUAGAUGAACGUGCCGUAGACAAGCAUGAGAUUCAAUUUAAAAAAUGGUUAAAUGCACUGGUUACAAUACCAGGGGAGCUGGACGAAAGUGCCAUUCAACCGGCCGAUGUGGCAAAAUUGUUCAAUGAAGUUCAAAACAAAAACUGUACACUGGCUCCCACAAAGGAAAUGGUUUCAUCAAGCUAUUUGACAAAGUAUCGCAUGGCAAGUUUGCGAACGGCCGCAAUUCAAUUGAUUUUAAGCCCAGACAUGCAGAACGGUCUCAGUAAAUUAACAGUGCAUAUUGAACGCAAACUCAUACAAAUUCGUCAAGAUCGAAAUUUACAUUUGGACGUUGUGUUGCAACGUUCCAUUUUGGAAUUGCUGUUAAAUUUCAAUCCGUUGUGGUUGCGCAUUGGUUUGGAAGCAGUAUUUGGUGAAUCAAUUCCAAUGCACAACAAUUAUGAUAUGGUCGCACUCAGUUCAUUCAUUUUAAAUCGUUUGUUUCGUGAUCGUUAUUUAGAAUCAAAACAUCCAAAAGUCUAUGCACAUGGUGAUGCGUAUGCCGAACACAUCAAAAAGCAUACACUGAAAAAAUUUCUAAGUUUAUUAUAUUUUUUGGAUGUGGCAAAAAAUAAGAAAAUUAUCAAACAUAAUCCAUGCCUGUUUCUAAAGACGUCCGAAUUUAAGGAGACCAAAGAGAUUUUGCUACGAUUUUCAUCGUCAUUGUUGGGAAACAUUGGCGAUGUGCAACGUGACUUAAAACGCAUUGGUAUCGUAUUGACACAUAAGCAAACAUUCAUCGAUGAAUUUGAUUAUGCAUUUCGGAAUUUGGCCAUUGAUUUGCGUGAUGGUGUGCGUUUAACAAAAGUCAUGGAAAUUAUAUUGAUGAGAGACGACUUAACCCGUCAGUUACGUGUACCGGCCAUAUCACGAACACAACGAGUUCACAAUGUUGGAGUUGCAUUGAAAGCACUUGAAGAGGCCAAUUUCCACUUAACAGGUAAAAUAACACCAGCUGACAUUGCCGACGGUCAUCGUGAAAAAACGUUAUCGCUGCUUUGGCAAAUAAUUUAUCAAUUUCGUGCACCGAAAUUCAAUGCGGCCGCAACUGUGAUCCAGCUUUGGUGGCGUAAAAAGUGGCUAAGUGUGUGCAUUCGUCGAAGAAUUCGCGCCAAAAUUGAACGAAGUCGAAAUGAGGCGGCCACCAAAAUUCAAGCCGCAUACCGUGCAUAUAUUGGACGUAAAUAUGCUCGACAAUAUCUGGAAGAACGGACCAAAGCAGCCAUCACAAUUCAGCGAUAUGUUCGACGCAUGAUUGCAAUUCGAGAAUUUUUGAUUCGUUUCAAUUGUAUUUUGUUCAUUCAGCGAUGGUAUCGAAAUCAAAAACUAGCACAAUUACAACAACAACAUUAUUUGAAAAUAAAGCACAGUUGUUGUGUCAUUCAAAAAUGGUAUCGCAACAUUUUAUUUGCACGUAAAAUUGUGCGAUUAAUUCCAAUCGUGCGUCAAGUUCAAGAGGAAUCAAAGAUCACCUACAAAAGUGCCGUUGUUAUUCAACACACAUUUCGAGGUUAUUUGCAAAUGAAAAAAUUGCGUACGGAAUUCUUACAAUUGAAAAAGUCCACCUUAACAAUUCAGAGACGAUUCCGAGCCAAAAUUGAAAUGCGCAAACAGAAAAAAAUCUACCAAGAACAACUUCGACUAAUUGUGAAUGUACAACGAUUGUACCGCGCAAGACUACAGAUGAGAGUGCAAAGAGAGCCAUUUUUGCGAUUGAAAGCAUCAACGCUGCGGAUUCAACGUUGGUACCGUGCUUGCUAUCUGCGAAAUACUCAAGUAAAAGAGUAUCAUCGGUUGAAGCAAUCAUCAAUCAUUAUUCAACGGUGUCUGCGGGCUAAAAUACAGCGUUCAAAAUUCUUGAAACUAAAGCAAGUCACAAUUUCAAUUCAGCGACGAUUCCGCGCACAGAUUGAAAUGCACAAACAAAAACAGAUCUAUCAAGAACAACGUCGACUUAUUGUGAAUGUACAACGGAUCUUCCGAGCAAAAUUACAGAUGAGAGUACAAAGGGAGUCAUUUUUGCGAUUAAAAACAUCAACGAUGCAAAUUCAAAGCUGGUAUCGGGCAUGUUGCUUACGAAAUGCUCAUCAAAAUGAGUAUCUCCGAUUAAAACAAUCCACAUUGACCAUUCAACGUCGUUUUAGAACAAAUUUAAUGCGUUCAAAAUUCUUGAAACUAAAGCAAGCCACAAUUACAAUCCAGCGACGACUCCGCGCACAGAUUGAAAUGCACAAACAAAAACGAAUCUAUCAAGAGCAACGUCGACUUAUUGUGAAUGUACAACGGGUCUUCCGAGCCAAAUUACAGAUGAGAGUACAAAGGGAGUCAUUUUUGCGAUUAAAAACAUCAACGAUGCAAAUUCAAAGGUGGUAUCGGGCAUGUUGCUUACGGAAUGCUCAACAAAAUGAGUAUCUCCGAUUAAAACAAUCCACGUUAACUAUUCAACGACAUUUGAGAGCCACAUUGCAGAUGCGCAAAGAACGAUCAAAGUACUUAUUGAUACGUUCAAGUGCCAUUUACAUUCAACGCCGUUAUCGUGAUUUGAUCGAAGCUCGUCAUCAACGCGUAAGAUAUUUGGUGACACAACGAUGCGUGUUAAAUAUUCAAAGAUUCUUCCGUGGAUACAUGCAAAUGAAGCAGCAACGCCAUGAGUUCGUGAGACUUCGUGAAGCAACAAUCACUCUACAACGUCGGUUCCGAGCACAACGAGAGAUGGUUCGUGUUCGAAAUCAAUUCCAAAUUAAAUUGGCAGCAACGAUCAAAAUUCAGACCUUUUAUCGAGCAUGUGUACGCAUGAAACAUCAGUGUGAAGAGUACACAAAAAUUCGUACAGCCACAGUAUGUUUGCAGAAACAUUUCCGUGCAUAUUUGCAGAUGAAGCAUCAACGACACAAAUAUUUGCAGCUUCAUGCAGCAGCGAUCACUAUACAACGUAGAUUGCGAGCUCAGAAGUACAUGGUUCAUAACCGAAAUCAGUUCCAAAUGCAACGAAAGGCAGCGACGAAAAUUCAAAACUUUUAUCGAUCAUAUGUGCUCAUGAAACGGCAAAGAAAUAAGUACACAGAAAUUCAUGCAGCUACACUGUAUUUGCAAGAACACUUCCGGGCAUAUUUGCAAAUGAAACAUCAACGACAAAAAUAUUUGCAACUUCGUGCAGCAACGAUCACAAUACAACGUCGGUUCCGGGCACAAAAGAAUAUGGUUCAUACUCGAAAUCAAUUUGAAAUGCAAAGAAAAGCAGCAAAGAACAUUCAAACCUUUUAUCGAUCGUAUAUCCUUAUGAAGCAUCAACGCGAAGAGUACAUAAAACUUCGGGCAGCAACAGAAUGUUUGCAAGAGCAUUUCCGUGCAUUCUUAAAAAUGAAGCAUCAACGACUACAGUAUUUGCAACUUCGUACAGCAACGAUCACGAUUCAAUGUCGUUUCCGAGCACAACGAGAGAUGGUUCGUGUUCGGCAUCAGUUCCAAACAAAAUUAGCAGCAACGAUCAAAAUUCAAAAUUUCUAUCGAUCUUAUGUCAUCAUGAAGCGUCAACGCGAAGAGUACAUAAAACUUCGUGCCGCUACAAUAUGCGUGCAACAACGUUAUCGGGCGUUGUUAUUAAUGCGAAAACAACGUAUCAAAUAUCUUAAACUUCAGUAUUAUGUGAUUUGUGUGCAGCGUCAAUAUCGGGCCAAAAUGUCAAUGAAAAAAAUUCAAGCUCAAUAUAAACUGCUCCGAUGUUUGGUCAUUUGUAUUCAACGAAAAUUCCGUGCGAAUUUGGCAAUGCGAAGAGAUCAAGCUAAUUUCUUACGUUUAAAAGAGGCAACAUGUUUUGUUCAGCGUUGCUAUCGAUCAAAAUUAAAUGCACGCCGAGAAAUGGAACGAUUCAAAUGCUUGCAAAAAGUUGCAGUUGGAUUGCAAACGCAUAUUCGCGGUUUCUUGGCUCGUAAACGCUUCAAAGCUUUAAUGACACCGGAAUUGAUUGAGAAGAGACGACAAAUAAAGGCCGCCAAAAAGAUUCAGUCGUUUUGGCGUGGAUAUCGUGUUCGCAAGACAAGACCUCGCACAUUACGGGAGAUAAGCGAAAAAGCAAGAUACUUACAGAAACAUGCACAACACAAGAAUACAGUCGGACAACGUAUUAAAGGCAUUGUCUACUACCUGCGAACAAGGUAUAAUAUUAAGGAUGCAUUUUCUGUUCUCAGAGAAUUAGAAAUCAUUUCAUUGACCAUUCCACAAACAUUGAUCGCUGAUUCGAAGUUCAUCGGUAAUUUUUGUUAUGGAAUCAUGUCGCAGGCGAUACGAUCAGAAGUCGAUAAAUUGAUAAUUGGACUGUGUUGUCGGGUUUUACUCAAUUUAGCGCGAUACAAACCUACACAACAAAAUGUGUUUCAAAUUCAACAUUUCGAGACAGUGGCACAAAUUCUAUAUCGUUGGUGUGACAAGGAUUGUGACAUUUUCAACGUGCUAUGUACAGUUCUUUACGUAUUUAUCCAAUGCCCCACAAUCAACCAGCAAAUGAGAGACUUUAUGGUAACAAAAGAGGCAAUUUUCUUGCUACGCGAAGGUAAAAAAUUAGUUGCACGCAAAGAACGAAUGAGAUCAAUCACACCACCAGCAUGGAUGCCCGUAUUGACUCCAAAAGAAAAACGAACGCUUCCAAUGCUCGAAACAAAUUUCGGUAUGGGAUCUCCAAAGAACUAUAUGUUCAAUUGUUCUGUGUUUGGGCUAGACACAAUUUUAAAGCAAAUGAAUAUCGAUAUCUAAUCUUGAAUAAUAUUUUCGUGUGAAAGGAAGAAAAUUGGAUUCUUGCCAUCAUUUACUAUCGACCCUUUUUAAUCGUACUAAUUCAAGUAAAAAAUUAGUUACAAAUGCAAUUUUGAAGCCAACGCAUGUUUUGUUUUUUGCCGAAAAUUGUGAAGUUUUAGAAAUUUUAAUCAAUUCAGAUGUCGUCAUCAUAAUGAAAUUAAUUUAAUAUGUGCUGAAAAUGUCAAUGUUUAUUAUUACAUUAAGUUCAUGUUGUUGUAGUUGAGUAGAAUAAUUUUAAAUAAAUGACUCUUUCAUAAAAUGAAAA